GAGGAAUUUGUCAGGUUCUCCUGCUGAGCUCCAGCUGCUGCCAGAAGAGGAAUGGCAGGUCGGAGGGGAGUUAAAACUCUGAAGAGAUCGGCCGUCCCUGGAGUGACUAUCACACAGUUUGUGGAGGACGUUCCGAAAGGGUGCAGCACGCCUGACUUUGAGCGGAAGCCAAUUACCUUAACAUUACAGGAAGGUAAAAAUGCCAUUUUCAGAGCUGUGGUCAAGGGUGAACCAAAACCAGAGGUGUCCUGGAAACGCAAUAAUGAGGCAGUGGAAGAUUCUCAGAAAUACCAGAUAUCAUUCAGUCCAGCCACAAAUGAGUUUAUCCUGCAGGUGAACAAAAUCACUGUGGAUGAUGCUGACUUGUACCGCUGCACUGCUGUGAAUGAGUAUGGGGAAGCCACCUGCACUGCUGGUCUCAAGAUUAUACAGGUCGGCUUCAAGAAGAAAGCGAAACAGACUUCUUCUGCACCACGGACAGACCUGAAGAAGGAGCUCCAGGACUUCAGAAAAACAUUAAAGAAACUAGCACCUUCAAGUGCUCCAAAGAAGGAAAUCGAUAUGGAACAGAUCUGGCAGUUAUUGCUGAAUGCAGAUAAGAAAGAUUAUGAAAGGAUCUGCCUGAAGUAUGGCAUUGUUGACUUCCGUGGGAUGCUGAGGAAGCUUCAGGAGAUGAAGAAGGAGAGAGAGGACAAGCAGGCACAGUAUCUACUCAACCUCAGAAACCUGAGGCAUGUCAGAGUCAAUGAGGUGCAAGGAAAUGCUUCAUUUGACCUAGAGAUGGAACUGAAAAAUCCGGAAAGUAGAAUUUACCUAUACAAGGAUGGCCAGAUGAUCAAUUUUGGAUUUGACAGUGACAACACAAAGCACUGCCUGCGACAGGUUGGCAAAAAGUACAAUUUUAUCAUCAACGAUCUGCAGCCAGAAGAUGCUGGCGUGUACCAGAUCAAAGUAGAAGAUGUAGAUGUUUUCUCAACUGAGCUGGAAGCAGAAUCCAUCCCAGUAAGUUUUCGCUAUCCUCUUGGUGAGGUGAGAUGCCACGAGCAAGGAAAUGCUGUCUUUCAGUGCACUCUCUACGAACCCUGCUCCAACGCUGCGUGGCUGCACAGAGACCGUAUUCUAGAGUCCAAUGACAAGUAUGAAAUUUCGGUCUCGGAAGAUGGCCUAACUCACCGCCUAAUCAUCAAAAACACCCAAGCCUCUGACAAGGGGACUUACACCAUUGAUAUUGGAAACCGCUCUUCAAGUGCCUGGCUUGAGGUUGAAUCUAAAGGAAAGAGAAAGCAGACUGAAGGAGAUAGUGAUGAUAUAACUGGAUGGCGCAAGAAACAGCUAGAUGAAGACCGUGCAAAGAAACUUCGUCAAGGACAAGGGCAUGACGAGCAGGAUGGCCAGUAUAAGAAUGGCCAAGCUGGCGAAGGAGAAUCUUGUGGUUCCUUAGGAAAAGAUGGGUCUUUGGGAAGAGGAGGAGCCAACAGAGAUGGGAGGAUGGGACAGUUUUCUGGGGUGGGGAUAGACGUGGGAGAAGGGCAUGAGUUUUCUGGAUUUGCUGGUGGUAGUAGUGAACAUAUGGGACAUACUGGAAAUGGUGUUAGUGGAGGAAUGGGUGGUUUGGCUGGCAUGGGUUCACUGCAUGGUAAAGAUGCUAUGUUAGGUGGCACAGGAGCUGGAUCUAGAGAUGCAGGUGGACUGCAAACUUCAGGGGGUUCCACACUUAUUGGAGCAGGUGGGCCAGGAGCUGGGUCUGGUGGUGCUGGUGGAGUAGGUGGACUCUACAGCAAGGAUGGGAUGCUAGGUGGAGCUGGUGGACUGGGCAGUGCUGGCAGAGAAGGUGGACUUUAUGGUAAGGAUGGCAUGCUUGGUGGUGCUGGUGGAGUAGGUGGACUCUAUGGCAAGGAUGGGAUGCUAGGUGGAGCUGGUGCUGGCGGACCUGGUGGUGCUGGUGGAGUAGGUGGACUUUAUGGUAAGGAUGGUAUUUUAGGAGGAGCUGGUGCUGGCGGACCUGGUGGUGUUGGUGGAGUUGGUGGACUUUAUGGUCAGGUUGGUAUGUUAGGUGGAGCUGGUGCUGGCGGACCUGGUGGUGCUGGUGGAGUAGGUGGACUUUAUGGUAAGGAUGGUAUAUUAGGAGGAGCUGGUGCUGGCGGACCUGGUGGUGCUGGUGGAGUAGGUGGACUUUAUGGCCAAGAUGGGAUACUCGGUGGAGCUGGUGCUGGUGGACCUGGUGGUGUUGGUGGAGUAGGUGGACUUUAUGGUAAGGAUGGUAUGUUAGGAGGAGCUGGUGCUGGCGGACCUGGUGGUGCUGGUGGAGUAGGUGGACUUUAUGGCCAAGAUGGGAUACUCGGUGGAGCUGGUGCUGGUGGACCUGGUGGUGUUGGUGGAGUAGGGGGGCUUUAUGGCAAGGAUGGUAUGUUAGCUGGAACUGGUGCUGGCGGACCUAGUGGUGCUGGUGGACUAGGUGCUGCUGGUGGAGUAGGGGGACUUUAUGGCAAGGAUGGGAUGCUAGGUGGAGCUGGUGCUGGGGGAGCUGGCGGUGCUGGGGGAGUAGGUGGACUUUAUGGUAAGGAUGGUAUGUUAACAGGAGCUGGGACUGGCGGACCUGGUGGUGCUGGUGGAGUAGGUGGUGCUGGGGGAGUAGGUGGACUUUAUGGCAAGGAUGGUAUGUUAGGUGGAGCUGGUGCUGGUGGACCUGGUGGUGCUGGUGGAGUAGGUGGGCUCUAUGGUAAGGAUGGAAUGCCAAGUAGACCAGGCAUUGGUGGAGUUGGUGGCAUAGACAGCAUGCUUGACAGUACUGGUGUUUCUGGCGCAGAAGGUAUGAGAGGUCACCCUGGUAAGGAUGGUGUGCUUCCUGGGGUUGGUGGUGUUGGGUUAAGAGGUGUAGGGAGCACCGGUGACCUUUAUGGUCAGGCAGGUACUUUACAUGGAACUGAGGCUGGUGGUGCUGGCACUGCAUUAGGAGGCAUGAGCAUGAUGGAUCGAACUGCAGGAACUGGCACCAAGUAUGGUAUAUCAGGUGAGGGUUAUGGUGAAGGAGGGAUAGGUAAGGAUUGCAGGGUUAGUGGAACUGGUGCUGGUGAAGGUUGGUUGGAUGGUAGGGAUGGUAGGCUAGGUGGAUUUGGUGUUGGUCCAGGAGUUAGAGGUGUUGAUGGAUCACUGUGUGAGAAUAUGUCAGGCAUUCCUGGUGAAGAGUUCCUGGGCUUUGGACAGUUUUCUGGCCUUUCUGAUGCUGGAACCCAUGCUGGUGACAGAAGAAGACAGCUGUCUGACUUAGAUGCCAGUCAACUUACUUCAUCUGAUAUUUCAAGAACCAGGGACAGGAAAGGGAGAGGAGGAAGUCUUCUUGAAGAGGAUGUUAGAGAAUCGCAUCCCCGUUUCAACCAAGGUUUAUUUGACCUCCAUGCACCGAAAGGAAAACCAGCUGUGUUAAGUUGCAGCCUCAACAAUGACCAGCUUGAGGGAAUUUGGUUUAAAGAUGGGUUCAAGAUAACAGGCCAGGAUGGAGUCUCCAUUGAGAAGGAGGGCCCAGUCCACAAACUAUUAAUAGAUGAAGUACGAGAUAGCCAUGCUGGAAAAUACAAAUUCGAAGCUGGAGGAGUCCGAACAGAGGCAUCUAUUUUUGUUGAAGACCCUCCAAAUGUUGACUCUGCUCUUCUGGAAAAACUGAAGAAGGAACCUAUAGUAGUAAAGGCAGGAAAGAAUGCCAUAGUCAAGAUCCCAUUUGAAGGCCGGAAGCCAGUCAGAUCAACUUGGCUAAAGGAUGAAGGGGAACUUCUGGAUGAUGCCAGGAUCAGCACUGACUAUUCAGACAACUUCACCCGGCUCUCCAUAUCCAGUGCUAAUCGGAAGGACUGUGGUGAUUAUAAAGUGAAGCUGAAGAAUGAGAGUGGAAGCACUGAAGCUACUCUCAAACUAGUAGUUAUAGAUAAGCCUCAACCACCAAUGGGACCCAUCGAAGUUGUGGACUGCUCCACAAAUAGUAUAACUAUCCAGUGGAAGCCCCCUAAAGACGAUGGUGGCAAACCAAUCCAGAGUUAUAUUAUUGAGAGGCAGCAGGUUGGCAGAAAGACCUGGGUGACCUUGGGGAAAACCAGCGGAAGCAGCACUGUUUUCACCACCAACAAAGUAGAACAUGACAAAAGUUAUUACUUCAAAGUGAGAGCAGUGAAUGCCGAGGGUACCGGUGAGGCACUCGAGUCUGAUGAAGUGAUGGCUGCUACCAAAGAAUUUCCUGGUCCUCCUGCUCCUCCCAAAAUUGUCAGUACCAGCAAGGGUGCCGUCACACUCUCAUGGACAGCACCACAUAAGACCGGCAACUCCCGCAUCUUGGGCUACAGUGUUGAGAAGUGCAAGAAGGGCAGCAACAGCUGGACACCUGUCACUGAUGUGCCCAUUACAGACAGGAAGUACACAGUGACUGACCUGAAGGAGGGUCUGCUGUAUGAAUUCCGUGUGGCUGCCAUUAAUGCUGCUGGGGCAGGUGACACUAGUGCGCCGUCAGAAGCUGCUUUUGCUCGGGAUCCCAUGAAACCACCAGGUGCAGUGAGAGAUCUUAAAGUCAUCAGUACUGACUACUGCAGCAUCUCUUUGUCGUGGACGAAGCCAGAAGCGGAGGAAGAAAGUCAUGCCAAAGGCUACAUUAUAGAGAUGCGUCACACUGACACUCUGAAGUGGACCCAGUGUAAUUCCCUUCCAAUCCCAAUGACUACAUACACAGUUAGAGGGCUAAAAGCCAGGGAGAUGUACUUCCUACGAGUGAGAGCAGUCAAUGAUGGUGGUUUUGGCGAGCCAGUCGAACUGGACACUUGUGUCCGAGCUGUACCUCCCCCAGUUCAUCCCAAACUCUUAGUAAAGGACACCACCAAAAGCUUUAUGAUUGUAAAAGCAGGGGAUGCCAUUCGUGCGCGCAUUCCCUUUGAAGCUUCCCCACCUCUUGAAGUGGUUUGGCUAAAGGAUGGGCUUACUCUGCCUGCAAAAGCCACAACAGCUACCAGAGAAGGCCUGAGCCAACUCAUCAUCCCAGCAGCUGACUUUUCUGACAGUGGCCAUUAUAGCAUCACCCUCCAAACUGAGCGUGGAAACAAAGAGACUUUCAGCUUCCUAGUCCAAGUUCUAGAUGUCCCAGAAUCUCCUGGUCCUAUACAGCUAAUUGAGAAGGUCCCUGACACGGUGACUCUGAUUUGGGAACCCUCACCAACAGAGAAGAGAGAGGGCACCCUGAAUUAUAUGGUCAUGAGACGGGACGCGAGCAAAGGAUCUUGGCAAUUGGUGUCUGACCUGAUUUACACCAACAAGUGCACUGUCUCAAAUUUUGUCCCAGGCCGGGAAUACUACUUCAGAGUUCAGGCAAAGAAUUGCAUGGGAAUCAGCGAGCCCUCUGAAACAGUGCAACCCUGGGUCAUCCACAGGGAAAAGGGUAAAUUUGAAGUCAGAAGCCCAAAAUACAGGGGGAUCAACCAAACUCAGCCUCCAAGAUUCCUCGUCCCAUUGAAACCUCAUGUGGUGACUCUAGGAUUUGACUGUCACAUGAGUUGUGCUGUGACUGGAUAUCCAGUCCCUCAUGUGAUGUGGUAUAAAGAUGGCAAGAAUAUCUCUCAGGAUCCUACCUUCUUCAGCAAAAAUGACUUUGGGGUCUGGUCUCUUGUGAUCCUAGGAGUCACAGCAUCAGAUGAAGGCCAGUACAAGGUGGUGGCCAUCAAUGAACUAGGCCAAGCAGUCAGCAAAGCUGAAGUCACCAUAAAAGAACCUGCUUUUUAGAAUGGUCUGCAUGGAACCAGCUUUGCACAGUCUGUGGCGUGACAACGUUUUCCUGUGAGACAGACGCCGUUACUGAAAAAUACAUAUUUACUGUUCUGUUAAGCAGCCUGAAGAUUCUAUCUGGUGAGGCAAGUGAGGUCAAAACAGCAACUGUUCUUUUCUUUACAGUUUUCCAUAACAGGAAAGCCCUUUGAAAACAUGUGUGCAAUUCUGUCCAAUGGUCCUUCAAAGAGCGGAAUCCCGGUAUACUUAUCUGAGACUUUAAUGGAAAUAUGAUAACUUUAAUGGAAGUAAAGUUGUUGUGAGCCACCACAGUCAUCAUCCUCACAACGAAUUUAUUGGUCUUUAAGGUACCACGGGACUUUCUGUUUUGUUUCUGCUGCAUCUGGCUAACAUGGAUACCCAUCUGAAAGUCAUGACAAGGAAAGGUAGUCCUGCAAUAAUAAUGGAUUUUAUAUUCAUAUCCACUGGGCUGUAGCUGAGAUUGCUAAAUUUGUAGGAUAAAGAUAUUGUGAGAGAAAACACUUGGAACCAGCCCCAUGGCAAAUGGAUUUCAAAUAGCUUGGCUGUGCCCACAGUGGCUGUAUUAGAACAUGAGCUUUAUGGAUGUAUUGGGAGUAGAAGAGUUUAUAACUAGUGGGAUCCUUCUGUCAAGAACACCAAAUUUUAUGUAUGAGAUGUCUUACUAAUUUCAAGCAUCAUUUGGGUUUUAACCAACUCUAAUUUUAGAAAGCUUAACAAAGAAUUGAAGUGGGACAAUGCAACCUAUUCAGUAUUCAUAGGAUUGAGGAUGGAUGCUUGAAC